CCGCUAGAAGCGUUUCGUUCCACCAAAAGUCUCUUCGAUCUUUACUGCGAUUGACUUGACCAUGGUCGUCUUUACUAUCACUACCUUUACUUCGCUGCUCGCUGGUGCAUCUGCGGUGCUCGCGGGCCCUCUUACUCCCAACAAGCGAGGAAACUGUGAUGUUUCGUCCGCUUCGCCUGACCUUCCGUCUGGCCAGACGAACGUUACUGUCCCCUCUGGACAAACGGCACAGAAGAUCGCGCUAGGCGUUGGCGUGCAGAACUAUACGUGCAAUGCUGGAGUUUAUGUCUCCGCAGGCGCCGUAGCCAAUCUAUACGACGUUUCCUGUCUGCACGACUCAUCCCAAUUCUCUCAACUCCCCACCAUCGCAUACGAUAUUUGGAACGGUGAACCUUCGAACGACCCUAAUACUUUCUGCAUUCAACAAAUCGAGUCGCGCUUCCAUGCACAAAUCGACGUGUACGCGCAACACUACUUCCAGCCUAACCCUUCCGGCUCGGGCAUUAGCCCAGUCUUCGACGCACGCGCGACAUCGCAGAAGGGUGAUCCCAAUGCGUACGUACUCGUGAGCAAGUCCGGGGAUUUGGCUGCACCGACGGGCAAGCAGGACGUCGAUUGGUUGGAGCUUACGGCUGUACAGGGUGAUUUGGCGAAGACCGUGUUGAGGAUAGAUACGAAGUAUGGGCAACCGCCUGCUUCGUGCGACGCUGGUUCCCCACCAUUGAGUGUUAAAUAUGCUGCGUCGUAUUGGUUCUACGCCUAAUCGUGCAUCAUCAAUGCAUUGAGUGAUCGCCCUUCCUUAAUUGUUUGUCUUGAUUGUUUGUCUGGGUUUGCAGUAUGGACUUUGAUAAUCUUCUCGGACUGUGUCCCGUAUUCGUUUGCAUGUUGUAUACAUACCCCAACUUCGUAAUUCUCUUUCUUUCUCGGGUAUAUGUAUGCUAGUUAAUUAAUCCAAUGGC